CUCUGUAUUACUAUGAACAUCAAUCAUAAAGAUGGCCUAAAACUUAAUAAAAUGGAAAAGAAAUUCUUAAGGAAACAGAGUAAAGCCAGACAUGUGUUGCUGAAACAUGAAGGCAUCUUGGCAGUGUCUUAUCCCACUCAGAGCCUGGUUGUUGCCAAUGGUGGUCUUGGUAAUGGUGUGAGUAGGAAGCAACUGCUUUUGGCUUUAGAGAAAUGUGGGCCCAUGGAGGCUCUCCUGAUGCCGCCUAAUAAGCCUUAUGCAUUUGUAGUAUUCAAAACUAUCGACAAGUCCAAGAAAGCCUAUGCUACUCUCAAUGGAAAAGAAAUCAUUGAUGAUUUGGGGCAGAAGAUCAUUCUGUACUUGAAUUUUGUGGAAAAAGCACAAUGGAAAAAGUUGGGACUUCAAGCCUUACCUCCAGGCCUCUUGGUGGUAGAAGAAAAUAUUUCUUCUGAGGAUGAGAAAAUGCUUUGGGAAAGUGUUAAUUGGACAGGAGACACAGGCAAUCAGAAUUUUCAAAAAUCCUUAAAACACAGAAGAGUUAAACAUUUUGGUUAUGAAUUCCACUAUGAGAAUAACACUGUGGAUAAGGAUAAGCCCUUACCUGGGGGUCUUCCUGACAUUUGCAACAGCAUUUUGGAUAAAUGGUUGAAAGAAGGUUACAUUAAACAUAAACCUGAUCAGUUGACCAUAAAUCAGUAUGAGCCUGGACAUGGAAUUCCUGCCCAUAUUGACACACAUUCUGCCUUUGAGGAUGAGAUCAUUUCUCUCAGUUUGGGGUCAGAGAUUGUUAUGGAUUUUAAGCACCCAGAGGGUGUCACAGUACAAGUUAUGUUACCUCGUCGGAGUUUGCUGGUGAUGACAGGAGAAUCUAGAUAUCUUUGGAAUCAUGAAAUUAUACCCAGAAAAUUUGAUACUGUCCAAGCAUCUGAGCAGUUCAAAGGUGGAAUAAUCACCAGUGACAUCAGAGACUUGACUUUAAGCAAGCACGGAAUUCGAACAUCAUUUAGGUUUAGGAAAGUGAGGUGUAUGCCCUGCAAUUGUAGUUACUCCUCGGUCUGUGACGUUCUGUCUGCUACUGUUGGCUUACUUCAUAAAUGUGUGUUCCUCUUAUAUGCCUUCUAA